UGCCCGCCGCGUCGUCAUGGAGCGGCCCAGCGCCCGGCGGUUCUGGAGGAUCUGGACCCUCUGAGACCCGGACCCAUCUGGUUCGGUCCGGCCUCGGUCGCAGCGAACAGUUCCGAUCCACAUCAGAGGUUCUGCCGCGGGAGUCUGGCUGGACUGCAGCGGAUCACAUCCUGCAGCAGAACCAACUGGGUCAGAACCAACUGGGUCAGAACCAACUGACCUGAUGGGGAGCACUGAGGAUGAGGAGGAGAGGAACAGCAGGAGGAGGAAGAGGAGGCCCCUCAGACUCCACAUGCCGGACCUGAGUGUCUUCACCAUGCCUUUCUUGGAUGGAGACCCGAGUCGGGCUGACAGAGACAGUCAUAAAAAGGGGGGGGCUCUGUGCCGGUCUGCCAGCCCCACCAAGAGUUUCUUCCAUCGAUCUCCGUUUGGCCGACCCUCCAGUCCCCGCUCGGCCCCUGCUAGGACCUCCACCUCCAAGAUGAGUCCCAGCUCUCCUAAGACCAUGUUCYCCUUCCAGACCGGACUCCCUCAGCAAGACCCCUCACCCAAGACCCCACGCAGGUACCUGAUCUGGACUCUUGAUCACACAGAGACUCUUGGUCUCUGUGAACCUCUUUCAUUGAAAUUGAUCUGAUCAUGAAUCAGGACCCACCAGGACUAGAUGCAGUUAGGA